GGUUACAUACAAUAAUGUUAGUUAGAAAGGCGUGUUGUCGUUGGGUCUGAUACGAGCUAUUUUAAUGCUAAUCACUCGAAAACAACGUAACAGUUUGCUAACUACACUCAUCAUCUUUACUCACCAAAAUGAAGACCCCUGUUUUACUUUUAUGCUUUUUGCUCGCGAUAGGUGUGUUUGGUGCUGAUGUAAAGUCAGUGAUGGAGGGAGAUUCUGUCACGCUACACACUGAUCUUACUGAUUUACGGGGAUAUGAUCUUAUACUGUGGAUAUUUGGACCUGACAGCACCCGUAUAGCUCAGAUCAACAAUGUAGUCAAUAAGAUCUCCAUAUACAAUGAUGCUCUUGAUGGGAAAUUCAGAGACAGACUGCAGCUGGAUAAUCGGACUGGGUCUCUGACCAUCACUAACAGCAGAGCCGAAGACUCUGGACUUUACAAACUGCAGAUCAUUGGUGGAAAAGACAUCCCACCCAAGAAAUUCAGUAUUAUUGUUUCUGCUCCUCUGUCUGUUCCUGUCAUCAGCACAAACUCUUCACAAUGUUCUUCAUCAUUUUGUUCAUUGGUGUGUUCAGUGGUGAAUGUGAGUCAUGUGACUCUCUCCUGGUACAAAGGAAACAGUUUAUUGUCCAGCAUCAGUGUGUCUGAUCUCAGCAUCAGUCUCUCUCUACCUCUGGAGGUGGAAUAUCAGGAUAAAAACAGCUACAGCUGUGUGCUCAACAAUCCCAUCAGCAACCAGACUCAACAUCUGGACAUCACUCAGCUCUGUCACACAUGUUCAGUGGAUGGAUCGAGUUUAACCACAGGAGACGGCUUAUCUUUAGGUCACAUGGUGCUGAUCUGUGUUGUUAUAGUUGCUGUACUAGUCUUGGCUGUGGUUGGGAUGUUCAGUAUCUACUGGAAAUAUAGAAAAAAGGAUCAACUGGAUUCUCCAGAUGAUGAUUUGGCUGAGAUGGAUGAACUGAAGACAGUCUCUGCGAGGUUGGGAGAGUCAGUCACUCUAAACACUGGUGUUACUGCAAUACAAAGUUUUGAUGUGCUGCAGUGGAGGUUUGGAGAAUUAAACACAGCAAGCACAAACCCAUUCAUUGUCAUCGCCAAACUGAAUGAACCGAACAAUAUCGAUUGUACUGGUCAUGAUGAGAAAUUCAGAGACAGCUACAGACGCAGAGUACAACUGGAUAAAAAAACUGGUUAUCUUACAAUUAAUGAAAUCCGAUCCACAGAUUUUGGAAUUUAUAAACUAAAUAUCUCCAGGAAGGGGAGAAAUGUGAUUUCCAAGUCAUUUAUCGUCCGAGACUCCUCAGAAAACGAAGAGAAUGUUCAAGAAGAGACAAAAACAUUAAUGAAUGGAGAGAUUACUGCAAACACUUGUCUAUAGCGACUGUUACAUUAUCCUUACUAUAUAAAACAUCUCUAAUUUUAUGAGCCUUUAAAACUACAAAAUGUGUUUGAAAUAACGCUUCAUACUGUUAACCGAUGAAAAGUAACAUAACAAAGGGUUGCUUUUGACUUUACACUAACCAUUUUAUUGUUGUUGUUUUUGUUGUUU